UCCCCGCUCCGCCCGCUGCAAUCUUGGCGGGAAGACGCCAGCUGCUGAGCCGCGGAAAGAUGUCUGGGUCGCGCGCGGGUAGUGAGGAGAAGGCGGGCUUGUCUAGACAGCGACUCCAGGUGAAGGUGAAUGAAUAUAAAGAAAACCAAAACAUCACUUGUGUGUCUCUGAGACCAGUGCAGACUACGGUUUUAGGAAAAACACCUAAGGUGUUUCUUGUUCCCUUUUCACUCAGUAAUUACAAGCCAGACCAACCUAAGCACCCCAAAUCCCUUUUGGAUAAGAAUUCUAACAAUGAAGUUGCAUGUAAGAAAUGUAAGAAGACUAAAAUAAGGAAAACUUGCAGAAGGAUUUUAACUCCAAGGAUGGCAGCCACAUCUUCUAAGGCAGAAUCCACACUGCAAAAAACAUCCUUAGAUGUUUAUACUGAAAGUGACAAGCAACAACACAAGAGCACUUCAGAUACAGUGAUUCUCAGGGAAGUUGACAGGGAAAGCAGUCAGGAUCUAGACAGUGAUGAAGAUACCACACCAGGCCUGGAUGAAUUUUCAGGAUUGUCACCAUAUGAAAGGAAGAGACUGAAGAACAUAUCAGAAAAUGCAAACUUUUUUGCUUCUCUUCAGUUGUCUGAGUCAGCUGCAAGGCUCCGUGAAAUGAUAAAGAGGAGGCAGCCUCCUGCAUCCAAAAGGAAAAAGCCUAAGAAGAGAGAAAAUGAGACUGGAUGUAGAAGGUCAAUGAGACUACUAAAAGUAGAUCCUUCAGGAGUGUCUUUACCAGCAACCCCAACCCAGCCGACAAUAAUAGAAGAUGAAAAUCCUAUGUUACCUCCUGGGCCUUUAGAAAUGACUCCUGAAAAUCAAGAUGCUGACAGUGAGCUAUUUAAAAGAUUUCUACACACUUGGGCAGAAGUGAGCAAGACAAGUGGUAAAAAUACUGAGAAGGACUUACCUAACAUUAAAAGCUAUAAAGCUAAUUUAAAUGGCAUGGUCAUUAAUGAAGAUACUGUUCGUAAAGUUACCAAAGGCUCAGUAUUCUCUGUGGCUCUCCACCCAUCAGAAAUUAGAACUUUGGUAGCAGCUGGGGCCAAAUCUGGGCAAGUUGGACUUUGGGAUUUGACUCACCAGUCAAAAGAAGAUGGAGUUUAUGUUUUUCAGCCCCACAGUCAGCCAGUUAGCUGUCUUUACUUCUCACCUGCCAAUCCGGCUCACAUACUGUCACUGAGCUAUGAUGGCACAUUACGCUGUGGAGAUUUUUCAAGGGCUAUUUUUGAAGAGGUAUAUAGAGAUGAAAGAAGUAGCUUUUCCUCUUUUGACUUCUUGGGAGAAGAUGCCUCCACUUUAAUAGUAGGACACUGGAAUGGAAAUAUAUCACUGGUAGAUAGACGGACACCUGGAACUUCUUAUGAGAAACUUAUCAAUUCUUCUUUGAGAAAAAUAAGAACUGUUCAUGUCCACCCAGUGCAUAGACAGUAUUUUAUCACUGCAGGAUUGAGGGAUACUCAUAUUUAUGAUACAAGGCACUUGAAUCCCAGAGGAAGCCAGCCUUUGAUUUCCUUGACUGAACACACAAAGAGCAUAGCUUCUGCCUAUUUUUCACCUCUUACUGGUAACAAAGUAGUGACCACAUGUGCUGAUUGUAAACUGAGAAUCUUUGACAGCAGCUGUAUAUCCUCUGAGAUUCCUCUGCUCACUACCAUCAGGCAUAACACCAUCACUGGGCGAUGGCUGACUAGGUUCCAGGCUGUGUGGGACCCUAAACAAGAAGACUGUAUCAUAGUUGGCAGCAUGGCUCAUCCACGACGGGUAGAAAUCUUCCAUGAGACAGGAAAGCAGGUGCAUUCGUUUUUUGGUGGAGAAUGCCUUGUCUCUGUGUGUUCCAUCAAUGCUAUGCACCCAACUCGGUAUAUUUUGGCUGGAGGUAAUUCCAGUGGGAAGAUACAUGUUUUUAUGAGUUAAGAAAGUUGCUGAAUAUUUGGUUUAGCAACACCAGUUUGUUCAAAUUAAUCACUAAGGAGCCUAGUAACUCAUGUGGCUUGGUCUGUUUUUAAUAUGUUCUAUUUAGUGAAUAUAAAGUUGUUUUAUUAAUAAGAACUGUGAGCAGAAUGUACACAGUUACAUACUUACAUGUUUAGUAAGGGAGAAGCCUUUUAAGUUGUUUCUGUAGGUUGGGAAAGAAUUUGAGGGGAGGCUGUGAUGCCUUCAGCACUUUUAGUAUGUUGAGAAACUCUAACAGUAUAAAUUACAAAGCUUUGAAUGAUCAGUAUUAAGCAUUUUUUUUUUGGUUUAAUGAUAUGGUUUUGAUUCUGUAGUGAUGUUUGGAUUUGUGGUUUAUUUUAUAGUUUGGUGUAAAUAUUUCUAGACUCAUACACUGGAAGGGAUCCUGAAAAGUCAUCUAACUUUGUGAUUUUGAAACUUAAUUUUUUUAAUGGAGAACUCUUUUCUCCCCCUGCCUUUAAUUAAAUCUUAUGUGAAAUCCCAAGAUAAUUGUUGAGAAGUGUUAGUUCACUUGGGUAGGGGCCUGGGUCUUUGUGUGCGGACCCUUUUACCUCCUUUUGAUGACUCCUGAGACAUGGCCAAAGUAUUCUAGAGGUUCUAGGAACCGGGUUUGGAUCUGCCUGACCCUUGUAAUCCAGUGUGAGAUUGCCUUCAGACCAGUGUUCUCCAGAUUGUGGUUUGUAGCUAUCCACAUGAAAUCAAGUUAUCCACGACCAGUCUUUAAAAAAAGGAAAAGGAAAGAAAUAGUAUAGAAUAAGUGUUGUUUUGUGAAACUUAUAGUGCAUACAUAUAUGUAAGUGUAUAUGCAUAUGUAUAUUCUGAUGUAAAACAUAUGUCUUUAUUACUGUGGUAACUAUUGUGGGUCAUGGUUAAAGAAGUGAAAGCUCCUGCCUUAGAAGGUCCCAGACACCCUUAUCUGUCCCUGUCUUUAAAUUCUCUAGAGAUUCAUUAGACUGUUAAACGAAUGCCUUCAUUCCUAAUUCAUAUUGGGGGAAAUGUUAUGGAAAACCACUUUUGGCAUUUUAUCAUAAAAUUUUUUUUUCAGAAGUUAGGGCAAUAUGAAUGAGUUUGUUGUUGGAAGAGUAGCAACUAAGUGACAUUAACUGUGUGAUACCACCUAUCUAACUUUUUUCACUGCCCUUCAUUGCCAAAGUACUACUGAAAGACAGUUGUAAAUAGUUUUUAGCAGUAUGUUUGAAUUUUUUUUGGAAGGUUUGAAUUCUAAGAGGAAAUAUCUUCUUAAAUUGUAUAUCAGAAAUAAAGUGAUGUCGUUUCCUUCUCUGUAAUUAGAGGCCAAGUCUAAUUUUGAGGCCUAGUUUAUUAAGUAGGUUGUGUUUAUAAGUAACGAGUUCUCUAUUUUCUUGAUGAUAGGAACAGGAAUUGGUAAAUGAAAUGGAAAAUUAGUUUAUGAAAUGGAAAGUAAAGCUAAAUGAGGCUGACUUCUGUUAAACUGCCCUAGAGAUAGUAAAUGAAGCCUUUAGGCUUCCUUUCCCUUUUCUAUACUACUUCAUUUCACAUGUUCUAAAACGGCUACUUCUGUGAGAAUUGCUCUUUUUUUAAGAUAUUGAAAAAUACUCUGGUUGAAAUUAGUACCAUCAUUUAAGCUUUGAGUACUUGGUAAUUGCCUGGUUUCUGCAAUAAAUGUUAGCAAAUUCUU